CCAGUGUGAUUAAUCUGCAGCACAGAAAGCCCAUUUGGACUCCCACCUAGCAACACACACCGGUGAGAAACCCUACAUGUGCGGGGAGUGCGGGUACAGGACAGCUUGGAAGCCUGACUUAUCCAAACAUAUGCGAACUCAUACUGGUGAAAAACCCUUCAAGUGUGACCAGUGUGACUAUUCAGCAGCAGAAAAAUCCUCUUUGGACUUUCAUCUAACAAAGCACACUGGAGAAAAACCCUACAUGUGUGGGGAGUGUGGGUACAGAGGAGCUCGCAAGUCUCAUUUAUCCAGACACAUGAGAACUCAUACUGGUGAAAAACCCUUCAAGUGUGACCAGUGUGAGUAUUCAGCAGCACAAAAAUGUGAUUUGGAGAAACAUGUAACAAAACACACCGGUGAGAAGCCCUACAUGUGUGGGGAGUGUGGGUACAGGACGUGUCAGAAAUCUACCCUAUCCCGACACAUAAGAAUUCAUACCGGAGAAAAACCCUAUAAGUGUGACCAGUGUGGCUAUUCUGCAGUUAGGAAAUCCCAGUUGGACUCCCAUCUGGCAACACACACCGGUAAGAAACCCUUCAUGUGUGGGGAGUGCGGGUACAGGACAACUCAGAAAUCUACCUUAUCUGAACAUAUGCGAACUCAUACAGGAGAAAAACCCUACAAGUGUGACCAGUGUGACUAUUCUGCAGCAUACAAAUCCUCGUUGGACUUUCAUCUUACAAAACACACUGGUAACAAACCCUAUAAUUGUGGGGAGUGUGGGUACAGGACAAGACACAAGUCAGACCUAUUGAAACAUACGAGAACUCACACAGGAAAAAAACCCUACAAGUGUGACCAGUGUGACUAUGCUGCUGCACAGAAAUUCAAUUUUGACCGACAUCUAACAAAACACACUGGCGAGAAACCCUACAUGUGUGGGGAGUGUGGGUUCAGGACAGCUUGCAAGUCUGACUUAUCCCGACAUAUGAGAACUCAUACUGGUGAAAAUCUCCACAUGUGUUGUGAGUGCGGAUACAGGACAGCUCGCAAGUCUGACUUAUCCCGACAUAUGAGAACUCAUACUGGUGAAAAACCCUACAAGUGUGACCAGUGUGACUAUACUGCUGCAGAAAUCCACUUUGGAUGACCACAUGACAAAGCACACUGGAGAGAAACCCUACAUGUGUGGGGAGUGUGGGUACAGGGCAGCUCGGAAAUAUACCUUAUCCGAACAUAUGCGAACACAUACAGGAGAAAAACCCUACAAGUGUGACCAGUGUGACUAUUCUGCAGCAAACAAGUCACACCUAUCCAAACAUAUAAGAACUCACACUGGAGAAAAACCCUACAAGUGUGACCAGUUUGACUAUACUGCAGCACAGAAAUCCGCUUUACACAAACAUCAAAGAGCAAAACACGGUAUAGAGUAACCCUAGAUGUACGGAGAGUGUGGUUACAGGGCAGCUCACAAGUCUCACUUCUCCGUACAUAUGAAACUCAUACAGGGGAAAAACCCUACAAGUGUGACCAGUGUGACUAUUCUGCAGCACAGAAAUCCUCUUUGUACCGACAUCAGACACAACACACUGGUGAAGAACCCAGUGUGUUUGACAAUGUGGGUUCAGGAAAUAUGAAAGGUCUAAACUAUCCGGGAAUGUGAGAACCCACACAGAUGACAAACCCCACAAGUGUGACCAGUGGGUUAUUAUACAGCGCGUAAGGCCAGACUACCCAACAAGAUUAGUAAAUAAAUAAACGAAAUAAGAAUAUACGUAUGACCAGUUUGGAUGAUAAAUAAGAAGAUUUGUUUGAUCAUAGAUAACGCAGUUUAGAAGAUAGUAUUUGUCCCUUUUAGCCUUGAACCAAAGUCUUUAGUUGUUCUUGCAAAGAAUUGUGACAUCUUAUCUGACCAAGGAUAGUAUUAGCAUCCGUCCAUUUCGAAAGCUGAUGGCAGCACUCUGGAUAAGGGCGGUUAGAUCGCUAGAAUAAAGUAGAAGCCGUUUAAUUGCACACCCAAUUUUUGCCAGCACAUCUCGUGCAAUUAUCCGGAUGGUGCAACAAAGCGAAUCUAUUCAGCUGGACCGCAUCACUACAGGGCUUCGGGAUUCCGUGCAAAUAGCAGAAGUGUGCGAUUAUCUGUUGUGCAAUUAACUGGCUUCUACUGUACAAGUAGAAUGUGUAGGAAGAUCUUGCCAAACUUAUUUGCAAAGCAGCAAGUUCUUCUGAGUCAUUAUUACCAUGGAUCUAGGAUAUUACAAAAAAAUUGUACCGACAAUGUCUCCGCACACUUACACACUUGAAUUGGUAUGGAUACUUUAAAGUAUUAGCACUAACCAAGGAGACUAACAAAGAACCUUGCACUAUCACACGCUAUUGAUAUGUUCACGUUUGGAAAAACAUGUACCCACUAUUAAAUGCACUACUGUUACGGUGAA